AAGAGCAUUAUCUGAUAAGUAGAAACAGCCUCACACUACUUUCAUUCACUUAAAAACCCCCUCUCUCCUUUUCUCGGGCGACCCUAGUCCUUCACUUCGCGGCACCGCCGUCCAUUUCUCUCUUUCUCUCUCCUCUUAAAUCUUCCAUUUCUUCAAGAUGAAUGUUGAGAAGCUUAUGAAGAUGGCCGGUGCGGUCCGCACUGGUGGUAAGGGUAGCAUGAGAAGAAAGAAGAAGGCUGUCCACAAAACUACCACCACAGAUGACAAAAGGUUGCAAAGCACAUUGAAGAGAAUAGGAGUGAACGCUAUUCCUGCUAUUGAAGAAGUGAAUAUUUUCAAGGAUGACCAGGUUAUACAGUUUAGCAGCCCUAAAGUUCAAGCCUCCAUUGCAGCUAAUACCUGGGUCGUUAGUGGUGCACCACAAACCAAGAAAUUGCAGGACAUCCUUCCUGGAAUUAUCAACCAAUUGGGACCUGACAACUUGGACAACUUAAGGAAGCUAGCAGAGCAGUUCCAGAGCAGGGCACCCAAUGCCAACGCCGAUGGAAAUGGAGCAAAUGCUGCAGAGGACGAUGACGACGAGGUGCCAGAGCUUGUUGCUGGCGAGACCUUCGAAGCAGCUGCAGAGGAAGGACAGAAGACGUCUUAAUUUGUUGGAUGACUUUGUGUGACCUUUAUAUCUUCAAAAUAUUUCUGCUUCCUCUUGUCCGCCUUUUUUGUUUAAUUUAGCAAUUUUGCUGAAUCUCUUUCAAACAAUUAGUUAAGCGAUGUGUAUUGUGACCGGAAGCCAGUUAGUUUUACUAAGCCUGAUUGAGUUUCACCUGCA